AUGGCUGGUGAGGCACACUUCACCGUUCCUCUGACCCAGGGGUUCGGCUAUGGUAUUGUGGUUGGCUUGGGGUUUGCCUUUGCCUUGCUGAUGAUCUUUAUCACCUGGGCACUGAAGAGAUAUCAAUAUGAAGUCCAGACCUCCGAAAUGUUCUCCACGGCAGGCCGCACCGUCAAGUCCGGAUUAGUCGCAUCCGCAGUCGUCAGUAGCUGGACAUGGGCAGCAACUCUUCUGCAAUCAUCAACAGUUGCGUAUGAGUAUGGUGUCUCCGGCCCCUUUUACUACGCUGCGGGAGCAACAGUGCAAAUUCUCCUCUUCGCGACCCUGGCUAUCGAGCUGAAACGUCGCGCUCCAAACGCCCAUACAUUCCUGGAGGUCAUUCGCGCGCGAUACGGCACCAUCGUCCAUUGCGUCUUUAUUGUAUUCUGCCUGAUGACAAACAUCCUCGUGACUGCCAUGCUGCUCACCGGCGGUUCCGCUGUGCUGACUUCUUUGACCGGAAUGCAUACUGCUGCUGCUUGUUUCCUACUUCCUAUUGGAGUCGUGCUGUAUACUGUCUUUGGUGGAAUUAAGGCGACAUUCAUCACCGAUUAUCUGCACACAAUUGUUAUUGUCGUCAUUAUUUUCGUCUUUGCUUUCAAUGCAUAUGCAACCAGCCCGGUCCUAGGCUCACCUGGAAAGGUGUACGACAUUCUGACAGCCGCCGCCAAGGCAAACCCGGUAGAUGGAAAUUCUGGAGGCAGCUAUCUCACCAUGCAUUCUCGUCAAGGUGGCAUUUUCUUCGUCAUCAACCUCAUUGGCAACUUCGGUACGGUGUUCUUGGAUAACGGCUACUACAACAAAGCCAUUGCGGCCAGUCCCGUUCACGCAUUCCCUGGGUAUGUGAUUGGUGGCCUCUGCUGGUUUGCUAUUCCAUGGCUGUGCGCUACCACCAUGGGAUUGACUGCCCUAUCCUUGCAGGGAGAUGCAAUUUUGAGCUCAUCUGAUGUGACGGCUGGUCUGGUAUUACCAUUCGCUGCCGUGAAAUUGAUGGGUUACGGCGGAGCAGUUGCGACUUGCUUGCUUGUCUUCAUGGCAGUUACUUCCGCCUUUUCGGCACAGCUAAUUGCCGUGUCAUCGGUAUUCACAUAUGACAUAUAUCAGGCAUACAUCCAGCCUAGCGCAAAGGGCAAGAGGCUUGUCUGGAUCUCCCAUAUGGCUUGUGUUGUUUACGCGCUGAUCAUGGCUGCCUUCGCUACUGGUCUGUAUUAUGCAGGCAUCGGAAUGGGAUACUUAUAUCUGCUAAUGGGCGUCAUAAUUUCGGCGGCCGUGAUUCCAGGCUCAUUGACCCUGCUGUGGAAAGGACAAAACUGGGUGGCAGCAGCUGCGUCACCACCUUUGGGACUAGCUGUUGCUUUAAUCGCUUGGCUGGUAACGGCAAAAUCUCUGUAUGGCGAGUUGAACGUCACGACAACGGGUGCCAAUUACCCAAUGCUCGCUGGUAACGUGGCUGCUCUACUCAGCCCCCUCAUCUUCAUCCCCAUCUUAACCCUCAUUUUUGGCCAACAAAACUAUGACUACGAAUCGAUGCGCAAAAUCCGGAAAGUCGACGACUCCGAAGUCGCGGCCGCCGCUCAUGUCGAUUUAGAGCUUAUCCCCGGUGAAACCGACCAUCCAGAAGACAUGACCGAGGAGGAGGUGAAGAAACUCAACAAAGCUGCAUUCUACGCGCGUACUUUGACAGUCUUGAUGACCUUGUGCCUACUUAUUCUCUGGCCGAUGCCUAUGUAUGGCUCCGGAUAUAUCUUCAGCAAGAAGUUUUUCACAGGCUGGGUUGUCGUUGGCAUUCUGUGGUUAUUCUGCACAGCGUUUGGCGUGGUUAUUUUCCCGUUGUAUGAGGGUCGAAAGAGUAUCGUGCACACCGUACGAUCUAUGAUUCUCGAUGCUACUGGUAAAAGACGGCCUUCUAAACCCACCACCGUUCAGGGACGAGAGGCAGAUAGUUCGGCAACCGGUAGCAUGGAGCAGGUGGCGGGGGAUGAGAAGUUGCCUGUUUCGGAGUAA